AUGCACUCGCGCUGGGAUGCCGGGGGCACGGGGGACGUCGGGCACAAGGGGUGGUCGAAGCACGGAGGGGAUAGUCAGGAAUCUGGGAGAGAUGCUCGUGCAUGGAGGGGAUGUUCGGGCACGGCUGCCAUCCCCACACGGCGCUCUGCUCCCCGCAGGGGCUUCAGCUACGUGGACCUGGUGGAGGGGUUGCGGGACGGGCGCUUCUAUGCGCUGAAGCGCAUCCUGUGCCACGACAAGGAGGACCGCCAGGCCGCCCUGCGCGAAGUGGAGAUGCACAACCUCUUCCAACACCCCAACAUUCUGCGCCUGGAGGCCCACUGCCUGGUGGAGAAGGGUGCCAAGCACGAGGCCUGGCUUCUCCUGCCCUAUGUGAAGGGGGGGACCCUAUGGAGUGAGGUGGAAGCACUGCGGGAGAAAGGAACCUUCAUGCCAGAGCAGCGCAUUCUUCUCAUCCUCCAUGGCAUCUGCAGUGGGCUGCAGGCCAUUCACAGCAAGGGCUAUGCACACAGGGACCUCAAGCCCACCAAUGUGCUGCUGGAUGAGGAUGACCAGCCUAUUCUGAUGGACCUGGGCUCCAUGAACCGGGCCCGCAUGGAAGUCACCAACUCUCGGGAGGCCAUGGCUGUGCAGGACUGGGCUGCCCAGCGCUGCACCAUCUCCUACCGUGCCCCUGAGCUCUUCACAGUGCCCAGCCAGUGCGUCAUCGAUGAGCGCACGGAUAUUUGGGUGAGGACACAGCCCCCC